CGGUUAUGACAUUUUGUUACUUAUAAAGCGCACACGGCACACGGAGAAGUGGAACAAACGCAUAGCGCGAAUUUACAAAACUAGCCAGGAACAGGCCCUGUCUUUCCGAUAUUCACCAUCUCUUUCUCUCUAAUCCAAAAAAAAAUCUGUUGUGAACAAACACACAUUAUUGUUUGUUUUCAUCCCACGGAAAAAUCGAUCAGGCAAAACAAACAAAGGUGAAACUGAAUAGGUGCGUGUUUGUGUUGAUGGGCUAAGAGGACAGAGAAAAAGAAAGAAAGAGUAUAAAAUCAAAUCUGGCAAAUCUCGUGGGGUUGAGGGCUCGGUCUUCGUCGAAGCAAGCUUCCCCUGAUUUGCAGGACGACGAGGAGGAGUGCAGGCCUUGGCGUCGAAGGUUAAUAAUGUCUUUCUCCUGGUCCUCCACCCUUAGGAUCACCAUCCUCCUCCUCCUCCUCGCCGCGGUCAUCGUCGCGUGCUUCACUCUCCCCAUCGAAAAGAUGAUGAAGGACUUCUUAUUAUGGGUCGAUCACGAUCUUGGCCCCUGGGGCCCACUUGUUCUGGCUGUUGCUUACAUUCCUUUGACUGUCUUGGCUGUUCCAGCUUCAGUGCUUACUCUUGGUGGAGGUUAUCUUUUUGGGCUUCCGGUGGGAUUUGUUGCUGACUCUAUAGGUGCAACUGUUGGUGCCGGAGCUGCAUUUCUUCUUGGUAGAACAAUUGGGAGAUCAUUUGUCGUUUCUAGGUUGAAGGAUUAUCCACAAUUCAGAUCAGUGGCAAUUGCAAUUCGAAGAUCUGGUUUUAAGAUUGUAUUACUGCUUCGGCUUGUUCCACUCCUACCGUUUAACAUGCUAAAUUAUCUCUUGUCGGUGACUCCUGUUUCAAUAGGGGAAUACAUGCUGGCUUCCUGGUUAGGAAUGAUGCCAAUAACACUGGCACUUGUAUAUGUUGGAACAACUCUUAAAGAUCUUUCUGAUGUUACACAUGGUUGGGGCGAGUUCUCAAAGACUCGUUGGGCGUUUAUCAUUCUUGGUCUUGUGAUAUCGGUUGUUCUGAUGAUAUGUGUUACUAGAGUUGCCAAGGCUGCUUUAGAUAAAGCCUUGGCCGAAAAUGAAGAUAUUGAUGGGAUUACUUCCUCGCCAGAUUUACCUAUUGUUGCUGAACCAUCAGCAGAUCUUAACCAACCUCUCAUAAUUAAGAUAGAUUCUUCUGAAGACAGUCAUGAAAAGUGAAUUCUAUUUUGUGUAAAUUCUUUCUUCACUCUACCUUUUAUAAAGGCUAUGGUUUUAAUUUUAAGCUUUAGCGGUAGCUGGUUGCUUCUAUUUAUUCGCGAUUUGUACAGUUUCAACAUUAGAAAUAUAGUUUGUGACAGGAGUGUUUAAUCCUAAUUCCUACAACCAACAUGACAUUAUGGACUUUGUGUUUUAUUUCUUUUGACAGCAGAAAAGUUCAUGCUAUGAACCAUUCCUGAUUCUCUUGAUUA